GCCAUAGUGAUCGGCUGCCAUCCGACAACAAACCAGGUUGUGAUGAUGGGACGAAAAGGCUUUCAAUGAUUAUUUAGUUUUUAUUCGGACCUAGUGUAUGGUGCAUCAUUACCAUUAUCACAAAAAGAGAGUGCCAUAUCACUCUCACAUAAAAAGGUUCUGGUGGUGUGAUGACGACGGCUAGUGGUGGCUACGUAACAGAGAUGCCAGCAGCGGCGGCGGCGGCGGCGGCGGCGGCGGCAGCAGCAGUCUCAUCAGGGUCAGGGCAGGCGUCUUCAUCAUCGCCUUCGUCAUCCUCACCUUCAUCAUCAGAAGGAGGCGGGGCGAAUAGAAAUUCUACUGUAACUUCACCUUCACAUGCUUCAACAGUUUGUUCAGCAACCUCCAUAUCUGUGACCAAUUCUUCGCCGUCCCCACUUCUCACUGUUGUUCCUGCAGUCCAUGGCAGUCCUGUCAGGGUGAGUAUUCCACACCUCAUGCCCUCGUAGCGCUUGUCAUUCUAGCACAUUUUCCGCCACCUCAUGCCCUCGUAGCGCUUGUCAUUCUAGCACAUUUUCCGCCACCUCAUGCCCUCGUAGCGCUUGUCAUUCUAGCACAUUUUCCGCCACCUCAUGCCCUCGUAGCGCUUGUCAUUCUAGCACAUUUUCCGCCACCUCAUGCCCUCGUAGCGCUUGUCAUUCUAGCACAUUUUCCGCCACCUCAUGCCCUCGUAGCGCUUGUCAUUCUAGCACAUUUUCCGCCACCUCAUGCCCUCGUAGCGC